GGUAGGUGUGAUGGGGUCCUCGUACAAAUGCAAGAUUGUCAAUUGGUGAGCUGUCUGUAACCUGUCAUUCCAAUCAUUCAUCUUCUCCCAAGCCCUAACCAUCUUAACUUCCAUAUUCCAAUAUGUAGUUUGUAUUCUUUGAAAGAAGAAUAUCAUACACACCUAACUCCAGGCUGCUUUUGGUAUUGUUAUAGUUAGCCAAUUAUAAGUGCUACCUCCUCAUCUACGAACCCAACUUCUUAAAUAGGAAACAACCACCCUGUAAGUGAUUGAUUUCAUCUACUUUGGCCAAAAUAAUAUAACCAAAGUAGAAGACAGUCUUGUUGAAAUGGGUUUUUUCAAUUUGUAUGGGGGACAAAAAUUUACAUGCAUGCUAAAGCUCGUCAAUUUACUGCGAUGGGCAUCAGAGAGCCAGUAGAAGGCACAGCAUGGCUAGGCAACAGAAAAGAAGAAGCAUAUAAUACAUUUCUUCCUGUAAUAUAAUUACUUGAUUGUUAUAAUUUUCAGAGUCUCCACAUCUAUUUGAAAUAAAUAAUCGUUGACAUACAUUGUAAAAAUUCACACUUAUUAUUAUGUUAUUAUCUCAAAUUCUUAUUAUUAGUGUGAAUAACUUCCUUUUUUUUUUUUAAAGCAUGAAUUAAAUUUAAUGUGGACGAAAGACAUAUUUAUUUCUCAACUAUCACCCAAUUAUCUAUUGAAUCCCCACACAGAAAUAAUUCUCAACUAGAUUCCCCGUCUAUUGAACAUUAUCCAAUUAACCAUAUCCUUAGAAGUUUUGCCUUCAGAAACAUAAAAAAAACAAUUAUCUGAUUAGGCAAUGUAUUAAGAGAAUUUUGUGAUACUCCAAACUGAAAUCUCUCUGUCUCGGCCUUAUUUUUCAUUGUGCCUAUUGCUUUUGUAUAUUUGUCAUAUGGUAUUUAUUUAUAGUCGUGUUGAUUCCAUCUUCAAUGAUUUUGGACAUGUUGUUUCCUGUAUUAGUUUGAGAUACAUCUCUGAUUAGGCAGUUUUUCACAUCUGUAGUAGAGGACUUUUGAGCAUAAGGACGAGGUCACAGAACGAGGUCGAAAAGCAGUGUAGUAAUGCUGCGGUGUUGGUUCGAUUAUCUAAUCUGCCAGACCCCAUUAUUCAUCACAAUUUUUUUUUCCUUCCUUGAGAUGGAUGGCAAGGCUCGAACUGCAGCAGCAUCAAAAUGGUGUAGACAAUUGUCCGUCUCUAGCCCAUUUCUUAAGUUUAUAACAAAUUGUUCAUAUGAUGGUCCCCCAAAUUUUGUGUAAGCAAUUUGGUGAUCGUGUGGAUAGAUUGUUGAGCCAGCGAAAUGGCAUGGCGAUACUUCGUUUUUUACUCCACUGGGCUUGCCGGCACACAGAUAACUGUGAUAUUGAUUUAAAUCUUAUUGAUAAAUGGAUCGAUGUUUCUGUGAAUUGUCAAGUUCAGGAGAUUAACCUUGAGGUUGGGAUAGCUGAAGAAGAUCCAUUCUCCGAGUCGGAGGAAAAUUCUAGCUUAGAUGAACCAUCUUUUGGGUCGGAGGAAAAUUCAGUCUUUUGAAUCGCCUAGGUGGAUGUUUGGUUCCAAGACAUUGAGAAUUCAAGUUAGAUCUCCAAUAUAAGUGUCUUGAAGAGCCCAGUGGAGUGUUUGCUUCUCUUGAGCAUCUCUCUUUGAAUUCUAUGUUAGGUUCUCAUUCUAAAAAUGCUCUAAAAAAGUCAGAUAUCCAAUGCUUAUACUUAACUGUUACAAUUGUUUUAUGCUGAAUUAUAUAGUGUUUACUUAUGAUAGCGAUGCUGCAGGUCAAUUCCUUCUCAAUCACCUUCCUGAUGUGUUUGAUGAUCUCCAGUAAAUGGUCAUUACAGUGAAUUGCUGUCCGAAGGACCACCACUUACCAGUUUUAGCUUCCAUUCUGACGCGAUCGCCUGAUUUAGAAUCUUUGUCCAAGACUUGCAAUGAAAAUCGAUAUCAACCUGACUGUUCCAGGAAGUUGAAGAAUAAGACAACCCAGUUUUGCAAACAGAGAGAAGGAUUUCGCAACCUUAUCGGUCACCAACGGCAAGAAAUAGAAAUAGAACUGAAAGGAAAAGGUCAUCAGGUUGGGGUUGCGGAAAACAUGCUUAAGAUUGCCAAAGGGUCGAAGAAGAUGAUCAUCAUUUCCUCAAAAGCAAACUUGAAAUCGCUGUCAAAGAGUGGUUACAUAAUUCCAGGGCAGCAUCUCUAUUGUUUUUUUUUUUUUUUUUUUUUGUUGCAAAUUGAUUGCAGUGAAGGAACGUUUUUAUGAAUAAUCUUGGGUUGUAUUUAUUUAGUAUUUCAAAAUAAAAAAAAAACUCAAAAAAGAUAAAAUAUGUUUAGUUAAAAACAUAAAUUUAGAAUAGUACUUCCUUUCUUCUUCCUCAUUUCCGCCGCUGCUAAAAAACCCAGUCGACCCAACCCUUUCUUUCCUCCUUGUAACCGCAUAAACCAGCCGAUUAUUCCUCCUCCAAACCCAGCAUCCUUCGUGUUUUUUCUCCAAAAACCGCCGUCCCCAACGCGAUUUGUAGCCUCCACCGCCGCGACCACCACUCCUCAGUCGACAAAUCUAGUUGCAGUGAUGAGGCCAACGUUGGAUUGCUUAGAGAUUUAAUUGACGCGAUUGGUUUAGUAAGCGACGACAACAGUUCAGACUUCAGACUCCUACAAAUGGUGAAUGCCACUAAAGGGUUGUUCAUAUCCUGUGACAUACCUAUGGCACAAUUCAUCAUCAAUUUGAAUGCUUCGCUACCGGCAUCACAGAAGUUCAUUAUUCAUAUUUUGGACAGCUCUCACAUGUUUGUUCAACCCCAUGUGUCUGAAAUGAUACGAAGUGCAAUUGCAGACUUCAGAGAGCAGAAUUCCUACGAGAAGCCUCCUUAAUUAGUCUAUCUUUUCCCUCGUUUAUGGUAUUUGUAUCAUAAACACUCAUUGGACCCUCAUAUCCAUACUUAAGCUAAUCAAUAUUUCUGUUUGCGUUUGUCAUGCAAUGCAAAUCAAAGCCUUCUUGCUAAUGGAACAAAAUAUCCACAGGCAAUAUCCGUUUUAAGUCGGAGUCUACUUGGAAGGGUAUGGAGUUGAAACGUGUUUUCCUGUAUAGCUCCCUAGUAUUCUUGCAAAACAAGAGAGACUACGUGGGGUAUAUUUGCCAUGUUUGCUUUGGCGUCAGGAGUUGAGUUGAGGUUAAAAUUCAAAUUGAAGUGUCCCUCUUUGAUCAGGUUCCUUGUAGCUUAGAAUCUUUACCUUGAGAGUUCCGUGAACUAAAUGUAAUACAAGUAUUUUACCCUCUACAAGUAAGGAUUCUUGAAGCCAUUUAAGUA